AUGGCGCUAGACUUCAUCGCACAGCGAGAAAGCGGCAGGCCCUCUGCGGAGCUUACACAUUGGCGAGAAAGGCGCAGAAAGGGUGAGAUCCGUUUCCAGCAUGUACUGACAAAUUCCGAACCCCCCGAGCACCGUGAGGCUAGAGGAGGUAUUCUUACAGAUAACAUGGAACUCGGCAAGUCGUUAAUCAUACUAUCGGCAAUUGCAAGCUCUCUUCCAGACGCGGAGAAUUUCACCUCGACUCCGACAGCGCAUGCGAAAGAGUCAACAACUUUUCUAAAGCCAUCACGAGCAACAUUGAUCAUCGUUCCGUCCACAACUUUAAUUGAUAAUUGGGUAGACGAGAUUCCCACACACAGGUAUCCUUACAAAGUGACGUUCCACAAACACAUCAGUACGGAACGGCAUGCAGAAACACACCUUCUUCUCGAGAAAGACGUUAUCUUCACUACAUAUGCCACAGCCAUUGAGGACACUAAGAACAAUCUGUCGCCGUUAUCAAGAAUUCACUGGUUUCGCAUUGUUUUGGAUGAAGCUCACAAGAUCCGGAAUCAGAACACCAAGAUGUUCAAGUCGAUCCAAGAGCUUCUAGCGCAUCGUCGUUGGUGUCUUACCGGAACACCCAUCCAGAAUCGUCUCGAAGAUUUGGGCAGCCUGGUUGCCUUCCUUUGUCUCACAGAGCUAGAGCGCAUGCCAACGUUUCGCAACACCAUCUGUCUUCGGCGAACGCGAGAUAUUCUUGACCUACCUCAGCCUAUAGCCUGCCUACAGUUGAUCAAAUUGUCCGACUAUGAGCGACAUCAGUACAAUGACCUAUACCAGCACUAUAAGAAACAGGUCGAGAUGGAAGUCAGUGAAAAUGGAAGAUGCGCAUCCAUCACACUCCAGUCCAUCCACGAAUUGCGUCUCUUCUGCAACAAUGGUCCUAGGAGAAUACAGGAGGCACUACACCAAUCAGACGAUGAGAUGCUCACUUAUCUGCUGUAG